AUGUCACUGCCUAAAAACGAGUUCUUUAAUCCAAAGCAAGAAAAUUUAGCAUAUACUAUAGCAAUAAUUAAGCCAGAUACAGCUUUGUACAUAAAGAGUGUUUAAGAGAUCAUCGAUAAAAUUGAGGAAUAAGGGUUUGUUAUUAAGAAUAUGAUUUAAAGAGAACUUAUUAGAUAGGAAGUUCAGAAUGUUUUUUACAAGCAAGAAGGCCAACCUUAUUAUGAUGACAUUAUUGACUAUAUGCUUUCUGGUGAAUGCGUAGUUCUUUUAUUGUGCCAUGAAACAGAAAAUCCAAUUGAAAAAUGGAAAAAAAUGAUUGGGAAAUCUGAUCCAGAGCAGGCAAAAAAAGAAGAUCCAAAUUGUUUGAGAGCUAAAUAUGGAAAAUCUAUUUUAAAGAAUGAGUUGCAUGGUAGUGAUACAACUUCGGAUGCGAAUAAAGAAAGAGAUGUCUUUAAAUUUCCUAUACCUCAAAAAAUUCCAGAGUUUCACUUUGACACAAUGAAAAUUAAUAUUGAUACUAUAUUCAAAUUUAUAUUUCCUCCUAAUUUAGAACAUGUUGUAGUGAAUGAAAGACUUGAUAUAUUUGCGUUAUAUGGUCCUAUUCUAAAUCAUCAUUCAGUAGAUAAAUGUCUAUGCACUCCUUGCAGUAGAAUAGGCAAGGAAGUUUUAGAAUUGCGAAGAAAAGAAAUUAUUAUUGAAGAGAAAAAGAAAUUAGGUAUUUCUACUAAAAAUGAUGCACAAAUAAAGAGACUUUAGCUUUCAAUGUCUACAUCUAAAAAAGGAACAAAACAAGAGACAAAAGUUAAUAUCCCUCCUAUAAGGCUUUUGAAUGAAGAAAAUAUAUCAUCAAUUUACAAUUAACUGUGCGAUAAAUGUAAACAUCAUUGUGAUUCUUAUGCUCAUUUAGUAGGAGGCAGAGGUGCUUAGCAUAUACUUUCUGAUCAAGAAAUCGAGGGUUUGGCUAAAGAAAUUAAUAAAUAGGAACUAUUAGAUUUAUUGAUAAUAGAAAAAGGAAAUGCAGCAAAUAUAAUGAUAGAGCAAAUGUCAUUAAAAGAACCAGAAGAAAUUUCUUACAACAGAGAUUUAAUAAGACUUUUAUUUAAGGAUGUCCCUACUGAUUAUUAUGAAAGAUACAACUUUAGUGAUUUAUAAUAAGUUAUACAGGAGGAUAGAAGAAUAAGAAUGAACGCUUGGGUUGCUAAGCUUAUAAAUAAGUCUAUUGAAAAAUUCUCUAACCCUAAAUUAAUUGACCCAACCGUUACUUAAAAAGAGAGAUAAAAUUUAAAAAGCAUUCAUUUUACUUUAAACAGAACUCUACCUCUUUCUAUGAUUACCCAGAAGCCAAAUAUUUCUUAUGUGCCUAUUGAAUUUCCGUAAUCUAUUGUAGAUAAACCAAAAUUGCAGUAAAACGAAGAAAAAAUAGCACUGCUAUAAAAAUUACAUAGACAUACUACUCAUAUGGUUAGUAUAGACAAUGUCGGAGCAGGUGAUGAAUAUAAAAUUAAUGUUGCUUUAUUGCGUAAUUAUAACGAAGGUCGUCAUGGAUCUUGGAAUAAUUAUGCCUCUCUUCUUAAAUCAUAAAAAGGCACCUAUGUCUAAACAAAAAAUCAUCCAGUCAAUCAUGAAUUUUAAUGA